AUGAAUUCUACUAAAAUUAAAGUCAACAACGUCGAUAUUAACUACUUUAAAGUCGGAAACGGACCACAGAAACUGUUGAUAUUUCCAGGAGCACUAGGCCAAGUCAACGAUUUUACGCCUCUAACGGAAAAUCUCGAUCAAGAAAAGUACACGAUAUACGUAUGGGAUCCUCCGGGAUACGGUUCGAGUCGACCACCGAACAGAGAUUUUUCACCAGGAUUUUUGAACCGUGACGCUGACUGUGCCAUCGCACUCAUGGAGGCGUUGGGCAUCGACCGGUACUCGAUGUUGGGCUGGUGCAACGGUGGGUGCACCGCCCUUAUCGCAGCUUCCAGGGCCGCCGACCGAGUGGACAAGCUGGUGGUGUGGAGCUGCAACGCGUACGUGACCGGCAAGGACCUCGAGUUCUACGAGACGACGCGUGACGUGCACAGCUGGCCGGAUCAGUGGCGACUGCCGCAGUUCGAAAUGUACGGCGAGAGGUACGUGUCGGAUACGUGGUCCGGGUGGAUAGACGCGUCCCGAACGAUCCUCAACGAGGGCGGCGGCGACGUGUGCAUGGGCGCGCUGGCACACAUCGACGCGCCCACGCUCAUCCUUCACGGGGCGCUGGACGUGUUGGUGGCCGUCGAACACGCCGUGUACCUGCACGAGAACAUCAAGAACUCGACGCUUGAAAUAUUUCCAGAUGGCAAGCAUAUCAUACAUUUUAUGUUCCCAGAAAAAUUCAAUUCGGUGGUAGAUAAAUUUCUUACUUGUAUACAGUAA